AUGUCGGAACAUCUCGCCGUGAUAAGCUCAAAGAGCCAGUUCGACUCGCUUCUCAAAUCUUCGCGCAUCGUCGUCGCUGAUUUCUAUGCCGACUGGUGUGCUCCUUGCACGCAGAUUGCUCCCCUCUACGAGAGCCUCGCCCUCACACUAUCACGCCCAAACGUGGUUACCUUUGCCAAGAUCAACAGCGACGAGCAGACCGAGCUCGCCCAGGAAUACACUGUCACAUCUCUGCCUACAUUUCUCGUCUUCCGCGAUGGAAAGGAAAUUGACAAGGUCCAGGGCGCUGACCCUAACAAGCUAAAGGGCAUCGUUCAGAAACUUGUAACCGAGGUUGACUCCCUUGGCGAGAGCUCUGGCUCAGGCAGUGGCACCGGAGCCAACUGGAAGGGUGCUGAAGCUCCCCGAGGCUACAGCGACAUCACCGACCAAAUAGAGCUUCGAGAUCUCGAGGUUCUCAACGCCGAUGAGGCUGCUGGUGGUGUCCGAGUCCUUUUCGAAGGCUCCAAGCCAAGUGGUCUUGGUAGCGGCAAGGGAACAUCCAAGGACUAUGUUCAAAGCGGAGCCGACGAUCAGCUACUCCUCUACGUCCCCUUCCAAUCCAUCGUCAAGCUUCACACUCUCCAGGUAAGCUUCGAAGCCGACGACACCGAGCCCACACAGGCAAUCGAGAUCGGUCCCGAGGACUGGAACGCGGACGGAACAGUCAACCUGAGCCUGCGAUACGUCAAAUUCCAAAAGACAUCGAGUCUUGUCAUCUACGUCCAGCAGGGUGAGGGCGAUGGAGAGACCGUACGUCUUGACAGAGUAAGACUUAUUGGCGAGGCUGGAGCCAAGCGCGAGAUGGGCAAGCUCCAGAAGGUUGGAGAGGAUGAGUAA